GAGCCCUUCAAUAUGAAACAGAAAAUGCUAAGACAAUUCCAAAACAGUUUAUAUUAUUUUUCCCCUUUUAGAUGUUUAUUCUUUCUUUCUUCAGCUCCUCCUCCAACUCUUUUUGGUUCCUGCAUUUGAUAUUAGCAUAGGAAUUAAUAAUAAUAAUAAUAACAAUAAUAAACCUAUUUUCCUCUUCCUUUUCUUUGCCAAUUUGGCCUAGGAACAUGCAUCGUUUUGUUGUAGGAUACUUGCUUCUUUCCUUUGGGUCCUUGAUUUCAUUGGUUCAUUCAUGGACUGAUAGCCGAGAUGUUAAUGCCCUUAAUGUGAUGUUUAAAAGCCUAAAAGCUCCAUCACAACUAAGUGGUUGGAGGGUAAGUGGCGGUGACCCUUGUAGCGAUUCCUGGCAAGGGGUCAAAUGCUCAGGCUCUCGUGUAACUGAGAUAAGCUUAUCUAACUAUGGACUCAAUGGAGAAUUGGGCUACCAGCUAUCAAACUUGACUUCACUCACUUCCCUUGAUGUGAGCAAGAACAACCUUAAUGAUCAAAUUCCAUAUCAACUACCUCCCAAUGCUGUUCGAAUAAACCUUUCUCAUAAUCAAUUUACUGGCAAUGUGCCUUAUUCGAUAUCUCAGAUGUCCAACAUCGAAAGCAUAAAUCUAAGCAAUAAUAAACUCGACGGAACCUUGAGCGAUAUGUUCGCCAAAGUUAAAAAACUUAAAUCAUUUGAUUUAUCCAACAACGAACUGACUGAUAAGCUUCCGAAUUCUUUUGCAAAUCUUACAAAUUUAAACACUUUGCGUCUGCAGAACAACCAAUUAACUGGAACACUAAAUGUCCUUGCCGACCUUCCUAUAGAAGAUCUGAAUGUUGAAAACAACAAAUUUAGUGGAUGGAUUCCUAAUGAGUUGAAGGGCAUUCGCAGCUUGAAAACGGGAGGAAAUUCAUGGUCGACAGGGAAGGCUCCGCCUCCACCGCCUGGUGUGCGCCACCGACAUCCCAACGCCAAAGAUCAGGACAACAAAGACGACGGGGAGAAAUCUAAACUUGUUCGGAAUGUAGCAAUUGUAGCCGGGUCAUGUUUAGGUGCAAUGUUGGUGUUCGCUGCUCUUAUGGCAGUGUUCGCAAGGCGAAAGGCUGCUCAUCCAUCCUCACAAUUUCUCGAUGAAGAGAGGAACACUGGGACUAAAGAUAAUACUCCCUUUCAGUCACGAGAGUUAGCAGGUGCACAAUAUGUUAGCAACGUAAAAGAAUCAAAAGGUUUAAAAACAAUCCAAUCAGGUGUUACACUAGAUCAAGCGUCUUUGCAGAUAUCAGGACCAAUGGGACUUAAUCGUUCAGUUUCAGGUCGUGGGUCUAGUGUAAGUGAGCAAACAAGCCGGCUAAAAGGCAGAAGCAGCACCUCUGCUCCUGUUAUUGCUUAUUCUUUGGAGGAUUUACAGAAUGCAACUAGUGAUUUUGCAUCGAGGAACCUCCAGGGUGAGGGCAACAUUGGACGUGUUUACAGGGCGAAAUGUGAAGAUGGCAAGGUUUUAGCAGUGAAAAAGAUAGAUCCCAUACUUAUACAAGGCGAGAAGCCAGAGGGAUUUGCAGAAAUUGUUGCAAACAUCUCAAAGCUUCACCAUCCCAACAUUGCUGAACUUGUUGGGUAUUGCUCAGAGCAGGGGAAUUAUCUGUUGGUUUAUGACCAUUACAGGAAUGGCUCACUUCAUGAGUUCCUACACGUAUCAGAUGAUUUCAGCAAACCCCUCACUUGGAAUACCAGAGUCUCAAUUGCUUUAGGUGCAGCCAGGGCUGUUGAGUAUCUCCACGACGUUUGUUCUCCACCCAUAGUUCAUAAGAACAUCAAGUCAUCCAAUAUUUUGCUUGAUCUUGAACUCACUCCUCACCUAUCUGACUAUGGUAUGGCACACUUCCAUCAGCGUACGAGCCAAAACCUGGGAAUGGGAUAUAAUGCUCCAGAAUGUGCAAGGCCUUCAGCCUAUACGCUAAAGAGUGACGUUUACAGUUUCGGGGUGGUGAUGUUAGAACUAUUAACGGGUCGGAUGCCCCUGGACAAUAAAAGGCCGAAAGCAGAACAGUGCUUAGUGAAAUGGGCUAGCCCUCGGCUUCAAGACAACGGUGCACUGGCAGCAAUGGUGGAUCCUGCCUUGAGGGGACUGUAUCCUCCAAAGUCACUCUCUCCAUUUGCUGAUAUUAUUGCCCACUGCGUAAAGUCGGAUCCAAAGCUUCGGCCCGCGAUGUCGGAGGUGGUGCAGUCACUGAUACAAUUAGUUCAACAAUCAAACAUGAAUCUGGGAGAUGAUCUUUCAACUUCUCGCCGGACAGAGGACUCAGACUACGCAGUAUACGUUUGAUUGUUUGCAUAUUUGAUAUGUACAAAAAAAA